AUGGCGGCGGAGCCUGGGCGCUCGUGGGUCCAGGCGCGCAGCGCGUACGGGGCCAGCGAGGCGCUACGCCGCGCCGCGGGCCGCCGGCGGGACCCCGGCCCGCAGCCCAACGGACCGGGCCCCGAGGAAGCCCGCGCCCCGGGACGCCUGGCUCGCCUGCGGGGCCAGCUCCGGGCCGAGGCGGCGGCGCGGGCGGCGGCGCCGCGGCUGCUGCGGCUGGUGGAGCGCGCGGAGGCCGCGGCGGGGGCCGGGGAGCGGGCGGCGGGCGCCGGGGAGCGGGCGGACCCGCGCAGCCGCGGCUCCGUGUGCUCGGUGUGCGGGGAGCCCCGCGGCGGGGCCACCUACCCGGCGGGCGUCCUGGAGGUGAGCGAGCGGCGGCUGCAGGAGGGCCUUGCGGCCGUGCGCGCCGACCUGGGCGCGGGGCUCGAGGCGCUGCGCGCGGAGCUGCGGGCCGAGCUGGACGCCCUGCGGGCGCUGCUGCCGCCCCCGCCGUCGCCGCCGCCGCCCGCCCGCCGCGCGCCCCGCGCUGCGCCCCGCGGCGCGGCCCUGCUGCGGGCGCUCGGCACCGUGAACGCCCUGGCCGCGGCGGCGAGGCCCCCCGACGACGGCGCGAACGGCCCCGCCGACGGCGGCGCGAACCGGGCCCCGGCCCGGAGGAGCUUCAAGAAGACGCAGGGGGCGCCAGGGGCUUCGCAGGGCGGCGGGGAUUGA